AUAAGAUAAGACGAAGGUAAGUGAAUACUUUUUUUCAAACUUAAAGAUUAAAUUAAGGGAACAAUGGAAUUUUAAACAGAACGAUUGAAUUUUAAACUUUAUUAGGAAUCAAGGAAUUUACAAGUUAUUAUAAUCAUGACCAUUCGUAUGAUGUACAUGCUGCCUAUGCUUCUAGGCAGAACAUUUCAUGUUGGAGAGCACACAGUGGGAGUUGAUAUAUUUCCCUUAAACGACACCGAACAUCCAAGACUGAAACAGGAGAAUUUCUAUAGAUCAAGUUAUAAAACUAUUGAGACAUCAUCUGAUGUGCAAGAAACAUUAGAAAUCAAUGGAGAUCUGUCGCUCAAUAUUAAAGCUGGAAUGUUCGCAAUCAGCGGAUUUGGAUCUUACAUCAAAUCAGCAAUACGUUCUGAAAAUUCGGUGGAUAUCCUCACUAAAGUCAGUUAUCGAACGAUUUCAAAGACAUUGAACCAUGAUGCCAAACCAAUUGCUCAAUGGCGUACUCUUGACAAGUCUUAUCUGGGUAAACAUUACAUAAAAAGUAUUCUAUAUGGUGGAGAUCUUAUUGCCUGCAUUAGAUUCAAAGCAAAGAAUUCAGAAGAUUUACAGGAUAUUAGAGCCACCAUAAAAACAUCUAUUGCUACUGGAAGAGCUUUGGAUUUAGUUGGCGAAGGUAAGCUGGAAACUUUAGAUCAGAAACUUAGAAAGAAAGCGACGAUGGAAAUAGAUUAUUUUGCGACAGUUCCUUUGGAAGGUGUUGCGAAUAAUAUAAAAGGACUUCGAGCAUUAGUGAGAGAUUUUGAAGAACACGUUAAGAAAGUCAACAAUGGUGAUGGUGUGCCCGUGGAAGUGGAGCUUGGAGAUUUGUCGAUUUAUGAUAGAGGUUUUGAAUACCUCAAAAACACAGAACUAGAAACAGAACUGACGUUUUUUGAAGAAAAAUUGGAUGAUCUAUUAAGUUCUAAAAACCGAAUUAAAAAUUGGGUGGAAAACUUUCCUGAUCCGUUUACUAAAGAACAAGAAGAGAAGAUAUCUGAAUUUAGCGAAAGAAUUUCAAAAAUUUUACGAAAGUUUAUUGCCACAAUAGCUAACCUUGAUUUAGAGAAAGGUUCUUCUCAACUCGAUGAUGCAAACGCAGCAUUCAAAGAAAAUUCUAAAAACGACAUGCCUGGCAAAUUCAGGAGAGAAGUGAACAAAUUACUCCAAAAAAUUACUACGAAAUCAGAUUAUUCAGAUAAAUAUUCUUCCACAUAUGUGCAUUUUGGUUCAAGCAAUUGCACUGGUGACAAAAAAACUGUCACUAUUCACCCAGGAUAUGUAGCCUCUUCCCCUCGCAACCAACUCGGAGGAGGUUUCAAUUAUCUUUGUAUGCCGCAAAAACCGGUAACAAAAAUUUCAGGAGAUGAUCCCAAAGUUGGCAACCUCAGUUUGAUUGCUGGUGUCAAAUAUGGCCUAUUGGAAACAAAGCCUAAAAGUUUAAUUGACAUAAAAUCAGUUUUACGAGGUGUCAAGUGCGCUGUAUGUUUGGUAGAGAGACAGGCUUUAGUUACUUUUCCAGGCGAGGAAGAAUGUCCUGAAAAAGGUGGCUGGAAAACGCAAUAUUCCGGGUACAUGAUGGCCGCAACAGAUUUAGAGAGGUCAGAGACUGUAUGUGUCGACCUCACGUUAGAGUCUAAUCAAGACAAUUACAUGGGUAUUCACGACCAAAGUCUCAAUUUCGCUGUUGUAAAACAAGCAGAUGGAAGUCUUGGAUUUAUACCUUGCGUUGUCUGUUCUAAAUAAAAUUUAUUGAUAUAAAUUUCA